AUGCCCAAGCAACAUAACCAUAAGCGCAAUGCCUCUGCGGCUACUGCUGGCAGCGCGCCCUAUGCACAGGCUCAGAAGGCGAAAGCCAACUCGAUAUUCAAGAUGAACACAGAUCUCGGCCAGCAUAUCCUCAAGAACCCUGGAGUAGCGCAGGCAAUUGUUGAUAAGGCAGACCUGAAACAGAGUGAUCACGUCCUGGAAGUUGGUCCCGGAACUGGUAAUCUGACAGUCCGUAUCCUGCAAACCGCAAAGCAUGUCACAGCCGUAGAAAUGGAUCCUCGAAUGGCAGCAGAACUGACUAAACGCGUUCAACCGACGCCUGCCCUGCACCAACGGCUGAGCAUCCUUCUCGGUGAUGUCAUCAAAACGGAGCUACCUCCAUUUGACGUCUGUAUAUCGAACACUCCAUAUCAGAUUUCCUCGCCGCUCGUAUUCAAAUUAUUAUCCCUCGAACGUCCUCCUCGAUGUGCCGUACUCAUGUUUCAGAAAGAGUUCUCGGCCCGGCUAUUUGCUAGGCCUGGCGAGAAAUUAUAUUCAAGGCUAAGCGUUAACGCACAAUUCUACGCUCAUGUCACGCAUGUCAUGAAAGUCGGGAGGAACAACUUCAAUCCACCACCAAAUGUGGAAUCAUCGGUUGUUAGGCUGAUACCAAAAGUUCCGAGGCCGGCGAUCUCCUUCGACGAGUGGGACGGCAUGCUUAGAGUGUGUUUUGUAAGGAAGAAUAAGACGUUAAGAGCCGCAUUCUUGGGGACGACAAGUGUGCUCGACAUGCUAACAGAGAAUUACCGUCUAUGGGCAGCACAAAAUGAUGUAGUAUUGGACGAUUCACCACUUGCCGAGGGCGAAUUGACCGAGGACACAGCCAUGGUUGACGACGGAGAGGAGGAAUGGAACGGCAUCAUGGAAGUGGACGAAGACGAAGUAGAUGAUCUUCCAGAUUACUUCAAGGAAGCUCAGGUGCUCAAGUCACAGUCAAAGCGAGGCGGUGGCAAGAGGAAGAAAAGAGGCAGAGUCUCGGAACUGGUUCGAGAGAAGGUGCGCAAGGUGCUCGAGAACGAUACUGAGCUGGCUGAGAAGCGAGCACGAAACUGCGACGAAGGUGACUUUCUGAGCAUGCUUCACGCAUUCAACAAAGAAGGUCUCCAUUUUGGCUGA